AUGCGCCCUGGGGUGCUCCUCGGUACGGUUGUUUCUGACCCGCCCCUUCCGUGCGUCGCUCACGUAACCACGCCCCUAGAGCGCCUUGGUCGGCACUCGGAAAACCUUGAUGGGGUGAAGCUGGAUCUUGUCGUAGGGAAGGGGAAAAAAAAAAAAAAAAAAGACUACAACUUGCUCCCAGGGACUGGAGAAAAUUUAAAAAAAGGAAGGUUGGAAUCCAUCAGUGUUCUGUUAGUCAUCUUCGCCUUCAUCCUCCUCUCCUUCCUCCCCUUCAUCAUCAUCUUCAUCUUCUUCACCUUCAUCCUCAUCCCCUUCUUUGCAAACCCCAAAGGCUCAUUCUCUGCCACGGGCUUUCAGCGAAGGUUCUUCCACCAGGACCAGUCCCCUGUGGGGGACCUCACAGCUGAGGACAUCGAGAAGGCCCGGCAGGCCAAGGCUCGCCCAGAGAACAAGCAGCGCAAACAGAUGCUCAGCGAGCAUGCUCGGGAGCGGAAGGUGCCCGUGACAAGGAUUGGGCGGCUGGCCAAUUUCGUAGGUCUGGCCGUGGGUCUGGGUUUUGGGGCACUGGCAGAAGUUGCCAAGAAGAGCCUGCGCUCCGAGGACCCCUCAGGGAAGAAGACUGUGCUGGAUUCCAGUCCCUUUCUGUCUGAGGCCAAUGCUAAACGCAUCGUAUGCACGAGCAUCCAGGACAACGCCUUCAUCAGCCCCCACCUGGCCAAGAUCUUCGAGUGGGUGCGGCAGAGUGCGGACUUCAUGCGAUUGAAACAGAUGAUGAAAACUCUCAACCAUGACCUGGGCCCCAACUGGCGGGACAAGCUGGAGUACUUUGAGGAGCGGCCCUUCGCCGCCACGUCCAUUGGGCAGGUGCACCUGGCCUGCAUGAAGAGCGGUCGAGAGGUGGCCAUGAAGAUCCAGUACCCUGGUGUGGCCCAGAGCAUCAGCAGCAACGUCAACAACCUCAUGGCCGUGCUGAACAUGAGCAACAUGCUUCCAGAAGGCCUGUUCCCCUAGCACCUGAUCGAUGUGCUAAGGCGGGAGCUGGGGCUGGAGUGUGACUACCAGUGGGAGGCUGCCUGCACCCGCAAGUUCAGGGAGCUACUGAAGGGCCACCCCUUCUUCUACGUGCCUGAGAUCGUGGACGAGCUCUGCAGCCCACACGUGCUGACCACAGAACUGGUGUCCAGCUUCCCCUUGGACCAGGCCGAAGGGCUCAGCCAGGAGAUUAGAAAUGAGAUCUGUUACAACAUCCUGGUUCUGUGCUUGAGGGAGCUGUUCGAGUUCCACUUCAUGCAGGCAGACCCCAACUGGUCCAGCUUCUUCUAUGACCCCCAGCAGCACAAGGUGGCUCUUUUGGACUUUGGGGCAACACAGGAAUAUGACAGGUCCUUCACCGACCUCUACAUUCAGAUCAUCAGGGCUGCUGCCGACAGGGACAGGGAGACUGUGCGGGCAAAAUCCAUAGAGAUGAAGUUCCUCACCGGCUACGAAGUUAAGGUCAUGGAAGACGCCCACUUGGAUGCCAUCCUCAUCCAAGAGGCCUUCACCUCCGAUAAGCCCUUUGAUUUUGGCACCCAGAGCACCACCGAGAAGAUCCACAACCUGAUUCCCGUCAUGUUGAGACACGGUCUUGUCCCCCCGCCUGAGGAGACCUCCUCCCUGCACAGGAAGAUGGGGGGCUCCUUCCUCAUUUGCUCUAAGCUAAAGGCCCGCUUCCCCUGCAAGGCCAUAUUCGAAGAGGCCUAUAGCAACUAACCACAGGAGGCAAGCCCAGCAGUAGGGCUGGGGCCCAGGCCAGCUCCGAGGGUACUCUGUCCUUCAGACAGGCCAAAAACCAGUAGGGAGGUGGUGGUGAUGCUCUGUUUAACUCCUUUGCCCAGUUAGAAGGGGUGGCUGGUUCUCCUGGGAGGCAGGGGCCACCUGGAGCCCUGGAGCCAUGUGUUCCACAGUUCCCAUCACUGAAUGGUUGUAGGGUGAGAAGUACAGGAGUGAAGAUGAAGCCCCCCCCCAAAAAAAAUCGAUUAUAAUG